AUGGAGUUGACAGCCAACUUUCGAGAGGCCGACGGCAUGAUUGAAGUCUUCCGUUCCACUCUGCGGAUUUUUCUCAGAUCUACGAUGACUGCCUCACUGUCGUGCUUACAAUGGACCACAGAAAGGACACCUAGCGUGUCUAUGACAUUCUUUUCCUCGCUCAUGCUUACGAACGUAUGGUUUCCAAAUAGCGGAGAUGGACAAAUAGCAUUAGAUCUGUUGACAAGACAUGUUCGACUGACUCAUCAGUCUGAAACCUUCAAUUUUCCAAAUCAAAGCUCAGAUCUGGACUCGGCCAACUCAUCCAUUAUCCUCAACUGGUCACUCACGUCCUCCGAUGUCGGUGUACAACCAUCGUUCCAGGAAACCCCGGGCACCUCCACCCAGGUCCCAGACUGUAUUGAGCUCUCACAGCCCACGCAUGGAGUGCAGCCUGAUGUUCGUUCCUCCUCACAGAUCCUGCUCGAAGACCUUAAUGGCGUUGACCCGGAGCAGACACACGAUACUUCAUUCUCUGGAGAAACAAUCAACUAUGACUACGAUCCAAGUCUCGAGAGCUGUCACUUUGACCCCUUUGCACAGGAUUUUGGCAUGUUCAUGGACAGUGUACCGAGCCAGGCCCACCCUUUCUCUCUGACGCACCAGCCUCUCCCAGCUAUAUAUUCAACGCCGGGAUCACCUUCAAUUUUCAUGGUGGACAUCGCAACGAAAGGCCCCAGUCUGACUCUGCCACAGCCAGGGUACACCGCUGUCGUAGCACCUUUCGGGCCGUCUUCUGUAUCAGAAGCUCCUACGGUGCAGUCUUCAUUAUCUAGAUAUUGCUCCCGUCUUCCAUCUCUUGAACCAGAGGCAAGGUCAACGCCAGGCCGUCGCCCAGAAGACCAGACAGAGCCCAGACAACACAGUGGUCAACUUUUUGUCUCGUCCGAAUGUCGACAGAGUGUUCUCGAGGAAUUGGCGACAUUUGUUGGUUGCAUAGACAGCAACUUUGUGCUUCCCUCGCGGCACGCUUUGUCGCGCCUAGUUGCAGGUUAUUUUCAGAAUUUCCACGAUCACUAUCCAUUCUUCCAUGUGCCAACUCUUAAACUGGAUUCGAUCCACGCCGAGUUACUUCUGGCCAUCACAGCUCUCGGUGCACGUUAUACCAUGGAACCCGAACUUGGUGUUGAGCUCUAUCGCGUCGCAAGGUCGGUGGCACUGGAACGAAUUAGUCGACAUCAAACAUUCGCCAGUGCUGGUGAGUCCGGCGAAACACAGAAAAAGGACCAAACAUCUUUUGUGAUGCAAAUGAUGCAGACACUUUUGCUCCUGAUUGCGGUUUCUUCAUGGUACAAACAUGAGCCAGCGGCAGCCGAUGCAUUAUCUAUACGAAGUAUUUUACACUCGAUCGUUAGGGAGAACAGCAGAAGCGGCAGCGCUUCAACAAACGCGUCAGCUUCAGAUGACUGGAUGUCGUGGAUACAUCUGGAGACGCUGAAGAGAACGUAUCUGGUAAUAUUUUGUUUCUUCAACCUGCACACAAUUUUGUUUGACCUCCCGCCGAUGAUGCUCACCAACGAAGCGAAUUUCGAACUUCCAUGCUCCGAAAAGGAAUGGAGGGCAAGCAGUGAACAAGCUUGGAGAGAAGCUCGUGCCGAGUCGGGGACGGACCGACGUGAUUUCAAAGAAGCCUACUCAAGUCUGUUCACCAACAAGCACCAGCACCAGCCGACGUGUCCCCAACCAAAGGUGUCGGCUUUGGGUUGUUACGGUCUGAUCCACGCCGUCAUCCAACAAAUAUGGUUGGUGAGAAAUGGUCGGAUGCCCGUGGUCGAGGGAGGAAUUGAGGAUAAUAGCCUCUCCAAGGAAGAAAUGAAAAUUUUCGAACGCGCGCUGAAACGGUGGACAAACUUUUGGGAGUUGAACAAAGAAUCUUCCAUGGACCCCCUCAAUCCUCACGGCCCUCUGACGUUCACGUCCACGGCACUCCUUCGCCUAGCCUACAUUCGACUCAAUAUGAACUUUGGCCCUACGAGAUCGUUGAACAGCUGGGACCCCCAACAAGUCGCGCAUUCUCUACACCAAUCCCCCAAAGCGAGACGUGGCGAUCAAAUGACUCGUGCAGCCUUGCAUUGCGCACACGCCCUCAGUAUUCCCGUGAAGCUGGGAAUCAACUACGUCGCACGAACCCAAAUGAUCCACUGGUCAAAUCAACACGCUCUGUGUUCCCUCGAGUGUGCAGUCCUACUGGCCAAGUGGCUUGAUUCAGUCACCGCUCUAUCCUUGACGGAUGUUACGGCGGCCGAGCAGAGAGUCCUGGAUUUCACGAUGCAGCUGGUCGCCGAGGACAAGUACAAGGCAAGCUACGAAAGCAUUCUUGAGCAGAAACAUAGGCUGAGCGCCAUGGUGGUUAGACUUUGGGCGAAGCUCUAUCAGUCAAGAAGCGUGUGGCAGACUGUCAACCUCAUCGGCGAAUCCCUGAGUAUUUACGCCGAACUGCUGGAGAAGGAUCGUGUAUGA